AUGUUAUCUGAUGGGAAAGCUGAAAUGGGAGUUGCACCUAACCCUUUAAUAGGUGAUGAAGUACUUGUGCAAUUACAAGCUUUGGGUAAUGUCACUUUUGGUAAAGGACAAAAGAGAAAGUGUGAUGUUCAUAGCAAUUCUUACAAUUGGAAGAAAAAAAGUAUCUUUUUCGAAUUACCUUAUUGGAAGAGUCUUAUGUUACGACAUAACCUUGAUAUGAUGCACAUCGAAAGAAAUGUGUCCGAUAAUAUUAUAUUAACUGUCAUGAAUAUGGUUGGAAAGACAAAAGACACAUUGAAAAGUAGAUAUGACUUGAUGGAUCUUGGAAUUAGACAAAGGUUGCAUCCUAUUGAGGAUGGGAAUAAUAUUUUGUUACCGGUAGCAUGCUAUGCAUUGUCCGCAGAAGAGAAGCUGAAGGUAUGCAGUUUCUUAGCUAAUUUGAAGGUUCCUGAUGCAUUUUCCUCAAACAUUUCAAGGUGUGUCAACGUACAGGAGAAAAAGAUACAUGGAUUGAAAUGUCACGAUCAUCAUGUAUUGUUGCAAGACAUUUUUCCAGUAGCUAUACGUGGUUUACUACCUAAGGAAGUGUGUGAUCCAAUUAUAGCCUUAGGAAAGUUUUUCAAGAAUAUAUACUCUAAGUGCUUGACGAUUGAAGAUCUUGAUAUCCUAGAGGCAGAAAUUCCGAUUAUUUUGACCAAACUUCAACUUGUUUUCCCUCCGGCUUUCUUUGAUGUCAUGGUUCAUUUGCCAAAUCACUUGCCAAGUGAGGUAAAGCUUGGUGGACCAACUCAAUAUCAGAAUAUGUAUCCUAUUGAGAGGGAAUAUACAAGAGAGAUUGAAAGCCAAAGUUCAAUGAGAACUCAUAAAAAUGGGUUUCUUGAUUGGUUUCGCGCACAUAUAUUUGUACUAUCUGCACAAGGACGCGCAAAUGAUGAGCUCAUAAGCUUAGCCAUCGGUCGUGUACCAUUAGUACAUCGAUAUUCAACAUUUGUGGUGAAUGGAUUUAGAUUCCAUACAAAAGAGCUUGCAUUGAGAAGAAAAACGCAGAAUAGCGGUGUUCUUGUGAGAGGAGAUGAUUUAGACUCUAAUAAGGAGUAUUAUGGUGUAUUAGAGGACAAUUAUGAGUUAUCUUAUGUGGCAAAUAGAAAAGUUUACUUAUUCAAGUGUCAUUGGUGGGAUGUGGCUCGCUUAGGAAGAGGAUAUAAGAUUGACAAAUAUGGAUUCACAAGUGUGAAUACUCGGUGUGCCUUGAAUACAAAUGAGCCAUUUGUGUUGGCAUCUCAGUCAGAACAAGUCUUUUACUUAGACGACAUGGUCGAUAAUGAUUGGCUUGUUGUUGUGAAGACAAAUCCUCGUGACCUUUUUAAAAUUCCUGAUAAUAAUGAUAAUUGUGUAGAUAUUGAAGAUGAAGAAUUACAGAAUGAAGAAGUUUAUCAGCAAGAGGAAGCUGAAUUUAAUACUUCGUUCACCAAUGACCAAGAAAAUAUUGUUGAUGUGUCUCUACAUAGGGAUAAUGUUAAACCACAAAGUAUUAAUAAUCAUAAUGAGGAAGAUGAUUUCAUAAAUGACAAUCAUAUAGAAAUAUCAGAGAGUGAAGAUAGCGAAGAAGAGUAA